AUGUGCCUAAGGAGAUGUGGGUUACAGGAACAAGCCAGUCAAGGGCCUUUUUAUACCUGGUCCAAUAAACAAGAUGGUGAAGACAGGGUGUUCUCGAAGAUUGAUAGGGUGUUAAUGAAUGAUAGGUGGGAGGAUCAAUAUGGUUCUUCAAUUGUUACCUUUUAUCCUGAAGUAAUUUCUGAUCAUAGUCCAUGUGUGAUCAGAUUUGAUCACAAUAUAGUGGCUAAGCCACGUCCAUUUAAAUUUUUUAAUAUGUGGACUAUGUCUAGUAUGUUUCUGGAGGUGGUGCAGAGAGAAUGGCAUAUGCAAGUAGAAGGCCGUGCUAUGUUCAAGGUGGUUACAAAGUUGAAAAAUUUGAAGGAGUUGAAGAAGCUGAAUCUGGACCAAUUUUCAUAUAUUGAACAACAAGCUGAUGUUGCAAAGAAGGAGCUGGAGGCUAUUCAGGAGAGUAUUCAUGGAGACCCUAGUAAUGUGGAGCUGCAUAAAGCUGAAGAGAGGGCUAGAGAAAGGUAUAACCUGACUAAUAAAGCUAGAAUGAGUUUUCUGCAUCGAAAAGUGAAGAAUGAAUGGAUCAAAGGUGGAGAUGUUAAUACAGCAUACUUUCAUGCUUGCUUGAAGAAAAGAAGAGGCAACAAUCACAUAUGUCGAGUGAAGAAUGUUCAGGGUGAUUGGAUGGAAAAUCAACAGGAAGUGCAAGCUGCAUUCUUGCAGUAUUAUGAGAUGUUGCUUGGACAAGAGGAGAUACUUCCUGCAAAAGUAAGCUCAAUUGUGAUAAAUGCAGGGAAGAUGCUUAACAUGAUCAGAAGGCAGCAAUGUGUAGAAGUGUUUCUAAAAUGA